AUGGCGACGAGGAUAAAAGCGCCCUUCGCGGGCCCGCUGGCCAAGCAGAACCGCCUGCGCGUCGCGCGCGCGCUACUCGCCUUCGCGCCCGAUCUCCAGGAAGAUGCGCGAGUAGAAGUAUUGGAAUUCAUCGCCGGGCAAGUCUCAUCAGGAGCUCUGCCCACCGAUCCAGAACUGAUGAAAAGUGUUUUAGAACUCGCGGCAACCACGAGCAGUGAGCGAAGUGAUCGCGCUUGGCUCGCCUUGAUAAUGCGCUCCAAGCCCAAAAUGGACCGCCUUCUGGCCCAAAGGGACUCGUCCGCAGCUAGACCGAGAGUCCGCUGGCGGGUCGAAGCGCUACUGGAGAGACACAACGACGCUAUAAGGCACUUCUUCACAAUCCAAAACCCUUCUGAGACUGAUGUGGACGAGUUUUUCGAGUACCUAAGAACCAGGUUAGAAGCAGACGAUUCUCUAUCCCUCGAGAGCCACCUCGCGGCAUUGAUUCGCCUCAAGCCGCGCGCGGCGGCUGCAUUAAUGCCGGACAGUCUACUGGACUCCGUGGCGGACAAGCUGGAGCCUGCUUGCGACCGGACGCUGGAGUUCGGAGAGUGUUUAUUGGAGACUGGCCGGUUAAAGGGCGAUGCCGCCGCUACUCAUUUAAAAGCAUUGUGCGCUAUCCGGCCGGAUGACGUGAGCGAUUUCCUCCAACGGAACCCGGGCGUCGUGCGGCCCGAAGACGCUCUCAGCAUCGUGCGAGCGGCUAAACUGGGCGCGGCCGAGGCGUUGUGCUUAGAGGCCGCCGGAGACCCCGCCGCCGCGCUCGAGGCCAUGCUGCGAGGCCUCGCCAGCGCCGACCCGGACGCUGCGGCGCGGUGCGUGUCGGCGGCGGCGGCGCUGUGCGCGCGCGCGGGCGGGGCGGCGCCGCGGGCGCAGGCCGCCGCCAUGUGGGCGCGCCUGCUGCGCGCCGCGCCGCGCGCCGAGCCCGCGCUGCUGCUUGAGGCGGCGGCGUACGUGCCGGUAGAGACUUUGCUGGCGCGCGCCGAGUCGACGCGCGGCGCGCUGGCGCUGGUGGCGUGCGCGGAGUCGUGGCGGCGCGCGUGGCGCUGCGCGGGCGCCGUGGCGGCGAAGGUACACGACUCGAUACGAUUCAAAUAUCGAACACCUAAGCCUAAGCAUAGAUUAAUAAAGCGACGCGCACUCGGCGCUCGCCCGCGCGCUGGCCGCCGCGCGCCGCCCGCUGCCCGUGCGCGGCCGCUGCCAGGCCUGCGCGCGCCCGCUGGCCACCGGCGAGGCGGUGCGCACGACGCACUGCGGACGCGCGUGCCACGUGUCGUGCGGCGCGGAGGCGGCGUGCGCGCUGUGCGGGCGGCGCGUGCCCGAGGGCGCCGCGCCCGCGCCCGCGCCGCCCGCCCGCCGCGACCUGCCGCCGCUCGACCACGCGCUCUCGCUCGUCGCGCCGCCGCGCCCCGACCUGGAAGGGAUCGUGUGAAUACUCACCUACUACAAGUAAUAGGAAACAUCCCUACUCUCUACGCAGCAGAUAACGGGCGAGCCGUGGACGUGGGUGAUAUCGUAGCGAGAAGCUAUGUUAGCGUAGCCGAGAAGUUAAUGAUGAAAAUAAAAUUACAUUCCGUCUGUGUAAAACUCAGCACUGAUUUAAAAUUCUAUUUAUUAGCUCGAAGAGAACGAAACGUAACAAGAAAUGUGAUGUAUCUCACCUGUCUACCGUAGCCAUUCUGUUUCAUCGCCAUUUCAUAAACAGCAAAAUGUUAAUUGUUAUCUGGCCUAUCU